AACCCUUUUAGAAGUCUCUAGAACUUGACUCCUCUAUCACUUCGCUUCAUAAAGAUCGUCCUCUUGACUCCCGCUCUUGUUCUCUAUCUACAUUCGUCCUAAUUUCUGACCAGUAAAGCAUUCUUUCUCUCCUUAUCAUCGUUCGCCUUAAUCGUGAUCGGAAACAAUGGAUGAAGAUUUUGAUAUCCCACCAAUGGACGAGAUGAUGAACGAGGACUUGGCUCUCCCUGAGGAGAGCACCAUCCUGAAGGUUGGGGAGGAGAAAGAGAUCGGAAAGCAAGGCUUGAAGAAGAAGCUCAUCAAGGAAGGUGAAGGUUGGGACACCCCUGAGAAUGGCGACGAAGUUGAAGUUCAUUAUACGGGGACGCUGCUGGAUGGGACGAAGUUCGAUUCGAGUCGUGAUAGAGGGACGCCGUUCAAGUUCACGCUUGGUCAAGGGCAAGUUAUCAAGGGGUGGGACCAAGGUAUUAAGACAAUGAAGAAGGGAGAAAAUGCUAUUUUUACCAUUCCUCCUGAGCUGGCUUAUGGUGUGUCUGGUUCAUCUCCAACCAUUCCCCCUAAUGCAACACUUCAGUUCGAUGUUGAGUUGCUAUCUUGGACCAGCGUGAAGGAUAUAUGCAGAGAUGGUGGAAUAUUUAAAAAGAUCCUCAUUGAAGGAGAGAAAUGGGAGAAUCCGAAAGAUCUUGACGAAGUACUUGUUAAAUACGAAGCUCAGCUUGAGGAUGGGACCUUGGUUGCAAAGGCUGAUGGUGUUGAGUUCACUGUUAAGGAGGGUCAUUUCUGUCCUGCUCUGGAAAAAGCUGUUAAGACAAUGAAGAAGGGUGAGAAGGUUCUUCUUUCAGUGAAACCACAAUAUGGAUUUGGGGAGAAGGGAAAGCCAGCAUUGGGUAAUGACGGUUCUGUGCCCCCAAAUGCCAACCUACAGAUCACUCUGGAACUGGUUUCCUGGAAAACUGUCUCUGAGGUGACUGAUGACAAAAAGGUUGUCAAGAAGAUCUUGAAGGAAGGAGAGGGAUAUGAGUGACCAAACGAGGGAGCUGUUGUCAGUGGUAGGUAUUGAAUUAUUACAAAGAAAAAAUGUAAUUUACC